CCCUUUUAGACAGAGCAACGGGCGGUUUUGUCAGACUUCUGUGAGAAGGGUUUUUCCAAGGGUUCUGAAUUCAGAAGAGCGACUGGUUUUCCCCAAAGAAGGAUUUGUACUGCCUGAGACUCGGACGAAAACAGGAUUUAACUUUAUCUCUGCAUUUUUGUCACCCUUCCACCCUUUUCUUCUUCUCGUCUUCUCUUCUUCAGGACGCCAUAUAUGCCAUAUGCUCAGUUUCUCAUUAGGAGGAUAAGAUCUCCAGAAUGAAGAGGAAAUUAAUUUUUCCUGGAAAAAUCUGCGUGAGCUUCAGACGAGGCCCAACUGGGUUUCUCAGGCAGGACCCUUCAGAUGAAGCCAAGAGGAUCAAAAAUAAUCCUGAGCUCCAGGACAAGUCUGCUCCCCAGAGAGAGGAAAAAGUGAAGGAAAACGCCCUGUCAAAAGUCUUCAUUAGGGGUGGAGAUACAUCUGACAGGCAGGAGGUGUUGGGGGAGUAUGUUCUUCAAUUUGGCAAAUACAAGGGGAAGUCCUUUCGGUGGCUGCUAGAAAAUGAUAUUGGCUACACCAUUUAUUUAAUUAACAAGGUUGAGGAAGAGGAGAGAGCUGGACUCUUUAAUGCCGAGGGACCAAAGAAGGAGAGUCUCUUUUCAUUUCUGGAUUAUACCCGACACUUUCACGAAAUCAGAGAUCUGAGAAACUAUUUAGCUGAAAGAUCAGUGGAGCCACCUUCAAGUAGUGAGGACAACCAGCUGGUUGGAUUUGGUGUGCAUUCUAAGAAGACCUGGAAGGAUGUCUGGGAGAAAAGAGAAGAUGGAUAUGCAUCAUUUAUCCUCAGGAAACAGUGUGUUUCAGGCAGCAAAAUGUUCCUGCUCCAGCAGUACCUGAAGAAGAAAGAGGCUCAGACUCAGAGCUCUUCAGAACCUGCUCUUACUAAACCUUCUUCUAGUCCUCCAGUAUCUUCCUUAGAGAUGGAAGAUGAUGAAGAGUUGGAGAGAAUGAUGCUUUCUGUCUCUCCAUCCAAACUCCUCCCUUUAAGAGCAGAGACAUUUAGUGAAGAAGAUGACAGGACCAACAUGUUUAGAAACAAUCCCAACCCAACCAAGUUCACUGAGUAAAGGUCUAGAUGCUGCUGCUGCCACUGCCACCGCCGCCGCUGGUACCUGAUGGUUCUGUCGUAAACCAGGAUCACCUUUUCUUUUCUUCUGUUUGCUGGUUGGCCACGUUCAGGCCUGUUCUAAUGCAGGUGUUUUGUGUGACUGCUUUUAUGAUGCUGAAGGUAUUCAUUGUUCGUCGUCGAGGGUAAGUACAGACUUAUGUUAUUUGCAUGGGUUUGGUUAUAGGUUUGGUAUGAAAAUGAUUGAAGGAAACCAGUCUUAAAAAGCAGAAUUACAACAAAAGUACAUGUCUUAACACAUCAGAGUAAAGUGGUUACACAUGGAUUAUUACAUCAUAAUGGAACCUUUCCUGGUCAAUCAAAAGAUAAAAAAAUGAAACUAAUAGUUAAUUUAUUGAUUUUCAUACCACACCUGUUCUAUUGAGCAUGUUUUCUUGCAUGGUUUUGAGUGUUUUGCACAAUUACUAACAAAGAACUCUAAAUACCUGGGCAUUACUGAUGGAUAUUUCUGUUGAUCUGAAUCCAGACUAUCCUGAGAGGUCCAGCUGUCCUGCUGCCACACAUGCAGUUACUUCAGCUCCAGUGAAGACUCCUCUGCCAGUACCACCACAGUUGCUCGCUUUGGAACUGCCUCAAAGUGUCCAGGAUAAAACCUACACAGUCGUUGGAAGACCCUCAGCUCAGUCUGCAACUCCUUCUCCUGCUCACUUUCAGCCAACGCCUGCUGCUUCACCACUUCCAUCUUAUGACCAGGAUGUUAGCAGCUGGAACUGCUCUCCCCAGCAGUGGAUCUGGAUGAAAACAGAGAUGGAAGCCUUAGGACUGUGGCCUGGGUCUCCACCUGUAAGACAUGCCAUGAAUAUGAUCUCCUUGUGGCGUAACCCACCUCAGCCGGAACUCAUUGACUCAAUUUAUGAGCUACCAUCCCCAAAGUACUUUCACCUCCAUCCUUUUUUUAUCUGGAAACCAGACCAUGCAAUAAUGGAAAGAGUGCGUAACAACUACCCCCUCCCGUGUCUGCAUGGCUGCCCAAAACCCCUCGUGGUCUCCUCUGGAACAGGUCGGCCCCGUGUCAUUAUUGGCACAAGUGGUCAGUACUACAUACUUGCUUCUCGGCUGACCUGUAAAGUCUGCAAGAAGCACUGGUUUGCAGACAAACCUUCAUGGAUGGACAUGCUGCCUCGUCGUUUUCAGGAGAUUUUUCCAGCCUUCCUGACCCACAAAAAGGCAGUAUGCAAGACUGUGAUGGAUGAGCUGCGGCGUACAGCAAAGUCUCCAGGUUAUAUGGCCAAUCAGCUAAAUUAAGCUCUUCACCUAAGAUACGAGCGUGCACACUUGGCUUAUCUGGGAACAGUGAAGAAUGUUCUGGAUGGAGAGAGCGGACUAUAUGGCCAGCAGACAAUCACGGGGGCAAUGAGGAAAAUAUCUACACCAGAUCCUUUUGGUGGGUAUACAGACAUAGAUGGCUGGUGUGGGGUAACAGUGACUUCACACUACCUGGUGGACUGCCUCAUACAAGAGUACCAUAGGGAGGAGGGCACGCUCAAUCUGCUCCUUCAAGGCACUUUUGGUGAGGUCUUGAGGGCUGACCACACCCGAAAGGUGGCACGGAAGGUUGUCCUGGCAUCAGGCACAAUGUCAUCUUAUGCAGUUAUGAAUGAAAACUGGAUGAUUUUGUCCUGGGUGAUGCUGCAGUCAGAAAGCGACAAGUCUCUGGAGCCAAUGUACGACGGGCUGUCCCGGCGUUACAUUUCUGCAGCGCUGCCAAAAGCAAAGUACCAGUGGGUUGACAGGGAUUGCUGCUCUCCAUUCAGGAUCCCAAACUCCCAGCCUCAGGAGCAUCUUCUCUGGGAUUCCUGGAAGACCACAGAGGCUAUAGUGGGUGAAGCAACAUCUGGAGACUUCACCAAUAGAUGUGCAUCCCGUACCAAAUACAACAGAGAAAUAAGCAUCAAGCUGGACUUGUUUCACUGCAUGCGGCGGUUCACCAGGGAGUGCAUCUCAGAGCAUCAUCCACUUCACAGCUCCUUCUGCAAGUUCCUUUCGGCAGCUUUUUGUGUGGUGGACCAAACCGAUCUUCAGAGGCUGAAGGAGGCCUACACCUUCUGUGGGAUCCAGCCAGCUAACCCCACAAAGCAGCACAUCAGGGAGCACUGCCGCACCAAGAUCCCAGAACCCAGAGAGCUGCUGGUGCGGGUGGAGAGUGUUCUGAAGAGGUUCUUUUUGGAAUCGGAUCCAGAUGGCAUACCACUGUUUAAGGCAACAAUGCUGAAAGUGUGGAGGAUUCAGCGCGUUCACAUCCUCAGGGGCUGUCUGAGCGACCCGGAGGUGGGAGACGGGAUCCUCUACAGACACGGUGGCACGUUACAGCUGAACCACAUCAAGGGGGAAGCGGCAGCGGUACCGAUCUGGAUCCCGGUGCGAGGAACAUCCCAGCAGGAGGGAUUUCAUUUCCACCAGUCCAAAUGGGUGACAGGAAAUCAGGUCUCGACAGAACUUUUCCAGGCCCAAGGCAUGACUGGAGUAGCUCGGUGGAACUUCCAGCGCCUUGUGAGCCUGAAGCAACCUGGUCUGAAGCUUCCUUCAGUUUUUAAUCCAGCUCUGAUUGUACAGCUGAACAAACUGUCAAAGGAAGUGACAGGACAAGCUAAGUACCCUGCCUUAGUCUUGUCACAGGCCGACACUGGGGAAAGGUUUGGACUGCAGUAUGUGGAGCCUGGCUGCCGUCCGGUUCCUCUUCACUGGGACAAACACAAGUCUCAGAGAGACCCGGUUGUUGAGGAAGAAGAGCGUUUGUCUCCAGAACCACCUCCUUCCAAUGAAACAGUCAUCGACCUGCCUGAAGAACAUGGAGAAGAACACUCUGCUCAUGAUAAUGUCUUAGGUGUGGUUGCUGAUGACUCACUAGCAAUGACCCAAGCCCCUGAAGUGAAAGAUGUCUCAACGACACCACCACCACUGCCUUUUGCUGCCUCUCCACGCGCAGCUCGCACUGGUCCUAUCAAAGCAGGGGGUCUGCUUUUUGUCCUGGACCAUUCUCGUUGGACAAAUCCAAUGAGGGAUGCCACUGAUGUCCUUCUGGCAAAGCACCAUGGACAAAAGGACUUUCUGAGCAAGGUAGACGCAGAGUAUGCCGCCCUUGUUCAAACUGCCUCCAGGAAUCCCAACAGCCUCCUCCACCCCACCACUAAACAGCACAUCUCCCGCUACGUGAAGCACAUGGCGAAGAUGAUUAACAGAAGUUCGUCUAUGAACACUAGUCCCGAAAAACUUUUGGAAACCCAGCAGCUGUGGCAUAAACUCACUGAAGGCAGUGAAACUGUCACUGUGCCAGUUGUGACUCUCCCUCCUGCUCCAGUGAACCCCCCCAGCUCUAAACCAGAUGAAGCUCCUUUAACGAAGACUGACGUUGAAAAAAUGGUGAAGGAGAUUGUAGGUCUGCAGCAACAACAGCAGAAACCUGAAAAAAAAAUGACAAGGAACUGUCUUGCUUGUGGGCAGCCAAAGUCUCGUUACCUUGGUGAUGGAUCUUCUGUUCAUUUCUUUUAUCAGUCUGGGGAUGUGAGAUACUUCUACUGCUCCAAAAAAGUACUCCAGAUCUAUGCAGCAGAAGGCCUUACAAACCCCAGGAUGCCAUUUGCAGACUUUGCUGCCACGCCAUUUUUUGAGAGAGAGUUAAAGGCUGCAAACCAGAGGUCUGCACAAUGCAGAAAGGUUUUGGAGGACCGACAGAAAAGAAAGGCAAGGGAGCAGCAUCCCAGUGGGCGUCUGUGCAGGUUCUGCCACAAACCACUGAAACAAGGUCCAGAGAGUCCACACAUACACACCGGGUUCCCUGGUGUUGUGGGGAAGUAUGUUUACUGUCCUGCCAGAGUCUUGUCCCUCCACCGGGCAAAUGGGAUGACUCAAGAAAUGACCUGGGAGGAGUUCUCUCAGUCUCCUUUUUAUGAGGCUGAAAAGAUGAGGUGGGCUGCUGGCCGGCAAGCAGAAGAGGGAAAGAGAUAGCUUUUAUGUCUGUUCUAUUUGUUAUCAAAAGAUGUUGCUGUUUUGACCACUUUUGUCUCAUUUUACCUCAGCUUGUCAUAUUGGAUGAGAAAUAAGUGUAAAACGUCAAAAUCUCUGCUAAACCUGUCUAUAUGUUUGCCUGUAUUAAGUUCUCUUCUGAUAACACACUGAUUAUGAUAGAACUCGUGAUGUUAUCUAUCAAUGUGAAAAUAUUUGUAAUUUAGUUUGUGAAAUCUAUUUUGUGAAUACAAUUUUCUUACAUAUUUAUUAUUAGUGUUUAGUUUUGAUAGAAAAAGCAAACAUAUUUACUACUUCCUCAAUUCAUUUUACACCUUUAAAAUACUUGUAUUAAAGUUUUGCCUGUUUAAACCCUUCUGCCCUUCAAUUGUAAAUCCAUGGUUGAACAUUUUGGUACAUUUUGUGUUAAAUACUGUGUUUUAUUUAUUUUCAUGUUGAUUUCUUAAUAAAACAUGGUUGAAAUUGAAAUGA